UCAAAAUUUGUUUUUCAUCAGAUUUCAAAUUUGAAAUUUGAAAUUUACUUUUUCAACGCAUCAUCUUUGUCAUCAGUCUCUUGAAUGAUUGCACUUUAACGUCUUUAACUCUCUCAAGUUAGAUCUUGGAUUUGAAUCUGGAAGCAGGAACCAGAAAGAAACUGGUUUUGAACCGAACAGAUGAUCGUCGCCAAUCAGCUGUUUAGCUGUUCCAUGCUGUUAUCUAUCUAUACAAUUUCGCCCGCCUUUUUGUGUAAAUCGAGGACCAAACAAACUCUUUGGAAAAGUUUCAGCAUGGGUUCGGAAAAUGAAAUAACUUUGAAAUUCGCUCGUCUCACCGAACACGCUUUACCGCCAGUCAAAGGAUCAGACAAAGCUGCCGGAUAUGAUCUCAGAAGUGCUUACGAAUAUAAGGUACCGGCUCGAGGGAAAGAACUUAUUAAAACCGAUCUACAAAUUGAACUUCCGUCCGGCUGUUAUGGCAGAGUUGCUCCUCGCUCAGGAUUAGCUUGGAAAAAUUUCAUUGACGUUGGAGCUGGUGUAAUAGACGAAGACUACCGUGGAAAUGUUGGAGUCGUUUUGUUCAACCACUCAGAUCAAGAUUUUAUAAUUCAGAAAGGAGAUCGAGUAGCCCAGUUGAUCUGCGAAAGAAUUUUCCACCCGGUGUUGAAAGAAAUUCAGAAUUUGAGCGAAACCAAUCGCGGUGAAAAAGGUUUUGGAUCUAGCGGUGUGCAAUAAUUCAAAAUAUCAGAGCACGAAAUAUCUGGUUCCUUUUCCGAUUAUUUAUUGAUUGACAUCGUCUUUGUCGUGUCAUUAUUCAAGAUUCAAGGGAUUUCCCAUAUCUAUCGUGUAUAUUAGUUUAAUGUUCAGUGGCAUAAAUACUCCAGCAAUGUUCAUAUAUAAUAUAUAUUGUAUAAUUUAUUUAUCGAGUAAUAUUCUGAAUGAUUCGUUUAACGUUUUCGUGUUUUCAGAAUAAAUUGUGUUUUCGUAUCGUAA